AUGGAGAACCUCUUGGACAGUCUUCUGGAUUUGGAAGAGCAAUUCUAUAACGAGGGUUUCGAGCUUGGCACCAAAGAUGGUGCAGAAACCGGAUAUACCGAAGGAAGCGUCUUUGCAGUCGAGAAGGGCUUCGAGAAAUUCGUCGAGAUGGGAAGGCUGUAUGGCAGAGCCUUAGUUUGGGCACAGCGACUUGACUCCAAGUCAAACGAUACUCCUGUGCAAUCUGAUUCCGGAGAUCUCUCUCUCGACCCAUCUAUCUGCCAGAGUAUGCCUAGUCUCCCGCCUCACAGCACGCGCCUCGUCAGGAACCUUCACACCCUUCUUGAGCUUGUCGACCCGGCUACACUUGACAUGAGCAAUACUGAAGAGGCUGUCAAUGAUGUGGAUGAGCGUCUCAAGGGCGCUGCCACGAAGGCGAAGCUCAUUCAGCGCGCAAUGGGCGAACGUGAGGACUCCAACGCCCAAGCCGAACCUAAAGAUAUGACCCCGUCCGGUGAUGGCAGCGGCAGCAUUGAGGACAUAAGCUCUCUCAAUAUACGUCACUGA